CACACACUAUCGCACCAGGAGACUGGGGAAAACACAUUUGCUUUAAAGAUAAAGUGUUUCUGAGAUGGUGUCCCCAGAAAGUGGGAACACCCCCCCUCCACAUCUGUGGGCUGAAGAGAUGGAACACAGAUGUUCCCAUCGGCCACAGCGACCUGGAAGCUAUUAAUUGGAGGGCAGAUGAGACAGGAGGCUGCGUGAGUUUGGCUCUGGCAGCAGCUGUUUUUAUGUUUUGCUGACAGUCUGAGCAAUUCACAGUGAGAUGCAGUGGGGGCGGCAGCACCUGGAGGGGAUAAACCAGACUCAGCAUGCAUGCAACUGAGUGCACGGGACCCCAGCCACCAGCCUGGUCCUUUUCAAUGCACAGUAUCUCCAGGACAGGGAAGAAAAUGUGUCUUUGGGGUCCAUGUGACAUUGGAGUUGGUUGCAGUAACCAGUGGGUUCUGUGAAGUCACAAGGAAUUGGUUCAUUUGGCAGUCUCAGAGUCUGGAUUACCGUGGCCAUUGGUGCUCCUGGGACACACUGAUGAGUGAGGGGCACUGAAAGCUUUAAGGUUCCAUGAUGGUACCCUCCAUUCCUGACAAGGCAGAAGAAGAGUCUGUGCUAACUGAGAGCUGUGUGAAGGAGCCCUGCAGGCAGGCCUUCUCUUUGCUGGAGGGGACACAUCAGAUGUGACCAAGGAUCCAGAGCCAAGAAGGUCCUGUUCCUCAGACAAUUGGUCAGAAACCCAGUGAGGGGCUCCAGGUCCCCAGGCUCCACGCAGGACCAUGAAUACAGGCUUCCCUGAGCCCCACCAGGGGGUGAGGAUGGCCACCCAGCCCAUUACCUGGGCUCCUCCUCCAACCACUGCAUCCUCCUAGCACCUGGGACGGUGGGGCCAUGCCAGGAGAGCGGCCCCCAACUCUACCCAGAGACUUGCAGCUCUGCCAAGUUGCCAGCAGUCUAGGGGGGCCCUCUCAGCACCCUCUCAAGGACCACAGCUCUUCCAGCAGGACCACCCAGGGCAUGAGAGAUGAAGGCAGCAAGGCCCAGGCCCAAGGUUCCCCUGAAGCCCAGCUGAGUCAGGCGAAAGAGGUGGAGCCAGAGGACCUGCUACUGAGAACGCAGGCCACAGCGGGACAGAGCUGUGUGCAAGCUUACUCAUGGCUGGGCAGCGGGAUGGAGAGCAGUCACCCACAGCUGCACAACCUAAGCACUUCAAGGAUCAGAUGCAUCCUGAAUGAGCCACCUAAGAACCUACAACAUGGAGCCCCCCAAGUGUCAGAGACCAAAGCUCCUCGGCUUCAAAAGACCAGAGCCCGUCACAGGCCCAGCAUCCCAAAGGCCGAGGCCCUGCCCUCCCCAGAAGAGAAUGGCUCCCAAAGGUGCUUUCAGGAGGCCCCUUCCAGCUUUACCUCCACCAACUGUACCUCACCAAGUGCCACCCCUGGGACCUUGCCCCAGAGGACCCCCCAGAGCAGUGGCACCAGCCCCCAUAGGCCUGCUUCUGGCCCUAACGUCCAGGCCAUUGGGACCAACCCCUGGCCGCCUGCUGCUGAAAACAGCUUCCUAGGUGCUAAUUUUGGGGUCCCCUCUGCAGAGCCCAAGCCCUUCCCUGAAGGUAGUAGGCCUAGCAGCCCCCAGGGGGUCUCUGUCCCCUACCCCUUCCCUGUAGAAACAGCCCAACAUGAGCAAGCAGCUGGGACAGUGUUGUACACCUUCCACCAGCCCCUGGUAGCAUGGUCUGAGGGGGCCCUGGGCACAAACCCUGCCUACCCAUCCCUGUCUUGCAACCCAAGCCAGUCUGGGGGAGCCAGCACUUCCAGUGAUCUUGGAGGUACUCUUUCCCCUCCUGGUGCUGCUCACUUGGUCCCAAGCCCCUUCCAUGACAGUUUGCACAAGAGCCUGACCAAAGGUCUUCCUGAAGGCCCCCCUCCUAUUCAUGACAGACUGGGGAGUCCCAGGGGUCCCCCAAAUCCUCCACCUCAGAGGCACUUUCCAGGGCAGGGGUAUGGAGCUAAUGGGGUGGGUACCAGCCCAGUGCCUCUGGACACAGAACUGCCCACCCCAGGGCCACCACCCACCCAUCUGCCCCAGCUGUGGGAUUCCUCAGCAGUUUCUUACCCCAGGUCCACUCUGGGUCCUGCAGUUGCUGCCAGGACAGCCUUCUUCGAAGGCCAGCAGCUCUGCCUUCCACAGAGUCCCCCCCUGCCCUGGUCUCCAGUGCUUACAGCUCCUAGGCCAAGUUCCCACCAAAUGGGGGUACUAAGCCAACUGGGAUUCCCCAGGGGAUCUUCUGAGUGGCAGGGGGACAGCCAGAGAGCCCUGAAUGCUUUAAAUACAAUCUCCAGGCCUGGAGAGACAUCGUCAGCUCUCAGGAGCAGCCCAGGCCAGCCAAGCAGUUCCCCACGGCUGCUAGCCUACGGUGGACUGAAGGACCCUGGGACCCAGUCCCUGUUCUUUGGGGGAACUCAACCCCAGAUGUCACCCCAAGGGGCCCUCAGCCUGCCCCCACCCAGGGUGAUGGGAGCCUCUCCCAGUGAGUCCCCUCUUCCCUCACCUGCAACCAACACAGCCAGCAGCAGUACCUGUUCUUCCCUGUCACCACCAUCCAGUAGCCCAGCCAAUCCCAGCUCUGAGGAGAGCCAGCAACCUGGACCCCUCAGGACCUCAGCCUUCUUCCUGCCUACCACCCAUUCCCAGGAGACCAGCAACCCCUUCCCUUCCCCAGAGCCAACACACCCCACAUGCUACCAGUCAGAGUCGGCCAAAGCCUUCCCUCUCCCCACAGAGGGGCCAGGAACUGAGGAUGCCUUCAAGAGCCUGGAGGGAGUCCCAUUCCCCCACAAGAGCCCCUCAUUGGGCAGAGACAGGUCGCAGGGCUUUCCUUCAGAGCCACCACAGUACUCUGCCCAGCACUUCUCCCUGAGCAGCGCCAGCCUGGACCAGCUAGAUGUACUGCUGACCUGCAAACAGUGUGAUCGCAACUAUAGCAGCCUAGCAGCCUUCCUGGAACACAGGCCAUUCUGCAGCCUGCUGCUAGCUAAGACCAAGGAUGGCUCCCUGCAGCCCCCAGGGCUCCCCACACCCACCACCACCUCAAAGGCACCCACUGAUGCACACUCAGGCUUGCUUGAACACAACCAGACUGCCCCCUUCCUGCUAACCAGAGAUGAUCAGGGGGACAGUAAAGAUGACUCCCUGAGAACAAGCUUCCUGCCUGCCGGCCUGGCUGUCACCCCCUUUCCACUCCCCACCUCGGAUCUUGACAUGGAAGAUGAUGCAAAGCUGGACAGGCUCAUCACUGAGGCACUCAAUGGCAUGGAGUACCAUUCAGAUAACCCUGAGAUAGACAGCAGCUUCAUUGAUGUCUUUGCUGAUGAGGAGCCUUCAGGCUCCAGGGGUCCCAGUGCUGGGCAUUCCCUCAACACCCAGGUGGGUGCAACCCCCAAGAAUGGUACCCAGUCUCAGCUCCCAUCCAGAGUUGUCAUGCCAGAACCCCAAGUUCCCUGCACUGGAGACAGGGGCUGUUCAUCCCGAAACAGGCCCAAAACCCGCUCCCUGGGCUUGGCAUCUGCAGAAGCAGAUACAACCACCCUGGUCAAGCAGCAGAGGAGAGGGAAGCAAUUCAAGUUGUUUCAGAAAGAGCCAAGUGUGACCAAGGGCACUAACAACCCUGCCAGAGUCAUCUGCCUAAGGCCAAGGAAAAAGGGUCACAGUGCUGAGCAGCCCCGGCCCCAGGACCGUAGACGUCGGGCUCGCAAGGUCCAUGCUCAUGCAGACCACAGCAUCCCCAGAGCCGCCUCUAAAGAGACCAGGAGCUCCAAGCACCUGCAACUGCCCUCUGGAAAGGACCCCAGAAAAAGGAGGGGGCGAGGUGGCUCCUGGAGCAAGGAACUCAUCCACAAGAUAGUACAGCAGAAAAACAGGUGCCACAGGCGGCAGGCACCACGUGGCCAGGUCUCCCAUGUUUCUCUGUUGCCUGCAAGACCACCUAGCACCCAGAAGGGUAGAGUCAAGGGGCAAGGCUGUGCCUCUGAAUCUGAGGAGGAGGGCGGUGUGCAGCAGCAGGAUUUGGGGGAUCCUGUCCAAGACUGUUCCCGCCACAGCCGCCAACGGUGGCGCCAAGGCAAGAAGAGAAAGAAAGAAGAUUUGGCCCAGGACCCAAGAAAGGUCAUGAGGCAGGAGGCUGGUGAAAACAGAGGCUUCCUGUCUCCAAAGAGGACACACAGCCUGCAGCAGAGCUUGGAUGCUAGAGAAGUUCCUGUGCAAAGAGGCCCUGAGCAUACUGAUCGCCCCACAGCAACCCCAAAACAUCCUGCACAGGUCCUCACCACCACCAAGACCCAAGAGGAAGCAGCCCUGGACUUUCCGCAGGAGGUCAAGAAGCUUGAAGUUGCUGCCGAGUUUCACCCUGACAUCACAGAACUCAAAGAGAGGUCUGGUUCUCUAGCUAGCUGUGGUGGGGAAAGCCCCAGACCUGCUGCUCCAGUGCCAACACAGGCUGGCGGCCCCAGCCACCCUGAAACACUAUCAGGAAAAAGCAUACCAGCAACAGAUGCAGGCUGUCUGCUGGGUACUUCUGGGUGUAUGAAGCCCCCCAGUUUGCAUACCAGAGAAGACUCCUCUGCUCCCCAGCCUGGAGGGUGCCUGGCACCCAUUGAUAAGGUGGCAGAUGCUUUCUACACUGAAUCCGGAAUCCCGGUUUUCAAGAACUCUGGUUCUGGUUGUGAACCUGACCACUGUGACAGACACUCCAUAGGGUGUCCAGCUGCCAAAAGAGGGCCCCUGCCUAACAGUGACACCCCGUGUGAAUUGUUCCUUGUAUCCAAGGACAUAGCUAACUGUUUCCCUGAAGAUUCGUGCUCCAAGCCUUUAGCUAUGGACACACUGCCUGCCAGCAGCUGCUACCUUGGCCAGGACAGUAUGGAGAAUCUUGAGUCAACACCACCAAAGAAUCCACCCUACCCAGUUGAAAUAGACCCAGGCAAGGUGCAUUCGCCACUGACCUUGGAGUCCACAUCCCUGUUUACAGGGCUGCCUGAGGAUGGAUUUGACCCACCACUGUACAAGAGCUUAUCUGCAAACAGGGUCACCCAUGCACCACUGGUGUGUACUGGCCCUCUCCCUAAGAAACUUCUGACAGAUCCCCUGUAUCCACCAUUCUUGCUGCUGGAAGAAGCCUCUCCAGUGCUGCCUGGCCCCUUUCCUGGCCUCUCUAAGGGAAAAGCACCCAGCAAGAAGUGUUCCUUUGAACAGACAGUACCUCCCAGCCUGCCUCCUGGGCCUGAAAAGGGAAGUGACUGCAGUGUUACCCUUAUGAGCAAUCUGUGUGAGGAUGAACUAGAGAUCAAAAGAUUGGUAACUGAAUUAGAAAGCCAACUGCAAGGGAAAGGGAGUACACAGGGGGCCUUGGGAGAGCCUGAGGAAGCUGCAAAUGAAGGCAGGAUGGACCCAUGUCCAAGACAGGCCUCCCUGCUGCCCACAUUUCAGGCCACCUCACCCCACAGAGACAUCCUCUCAGCAGCCAACCUUACAGGUCUAGAGGGAUCAAGUUCACAGCAGGAAGGGGCCCUCAGGAACCCCCAGAAACAAUGGUCCUACCUAGCUUCCUGCCACACAGGCAAAGCAACACCUCCCCCAGGUACCCAGGAAGACCCUGGUUCUGGGGCUCCUCUCAGUCCUGCAGGUUUCAGCCUCAGUUUUGGACAGUUGCAGGAGGCCAGCAUCUCCAACACAGACUGUCAGGUCCCCAUAAGUGACCAUUUGCCUAACUCCAACAGGCAACAGGCACCCUUGCUACAUGUUGAGAGUUCAGCUAAGCACAGAUCAAACCCUGAGCUUUUGUUUUCUAAAAAUAAUGAAGCUUCUGCGACACAGGAGAAUGCCCCACUGCUGCUUCCUGAUAAACAUACAAGAGGGCAUUCUCCAGACUCCUGUGAGGCCCAGGAACCCUGCCCAAGUUCCUCUGCACUAGAAGGGUUCAACAGCCCCAGUGCCUAUCUGGGUCUAGAGCCCAACUUGAUGCUUAAGGGUGAUGAGGGUGUCACCUCCCCUCCAAGUGUUAGUCCCAGCCAUGGCUCUAAAGGACACCUUGAGAGCCAAGCAGGAAGUCCCAAGGAAACUAUGCUUACCAGCCCCACUGCAAAGGACCCUGGCUUUAUGGGUGAGUCUGUCCCUGCAGGUGCCUCUCCACUUUCCACCCUCCCGAGUGGCAAGGCUUGGUCCCAUCCCAUGCCAGAUCCUUCCUGGGUGACUGGUACCCCCCAGGAACCAGCCUGCGGCUCCUUUCCUCUGCUCCAAGAUGCUAGAGCCGAGAGUGAAGACAAUACCCAAGGCCUUCAGCCUGGGGACCCCUCAGAGGCCAGUACUCUGGGGGCUGUAAAAAUGUCAGCUCUAACUACAGACAUCCAAAAGCAGCUGAGGUCAAAGGCAGUUGGACAUAUGGGCACACCAGGUCAGUCUAAAAAGACCAAGGGCAGAGGUCACUCUAACAGACUUCGGACAAAUAACUGGAGGAGCCUGGGGAACCCAGACGCACUCACCAAGGUCAGGACCCAUUUGGAAGUUAGGCCGGCCAGGAGCAGAGGGGCAUGUCAGGGGAGCAGAGCAGCCCGGGGCUUUAGGAAACAAGCACUGCCCUCCACAAGCCCCACCCACCCUGAUGGCACACCCUCCAUUUCCACCCUGACAGCAUUCCCUCUCCAGAUGGAGCCUGCAGAGAGAAGCCCAGAGCAGUCAGCCAGCCCACAGCUGCCAGCUCCCUCUAGUAGCGGCCUGGCCACUUGUGCCCUCUCAGCCACCUCCCCAGCCACACCUACUCCCAAUGACCUUGAGCCCUUACCCCAGGAAGACCCUGGAACCAGAGUCAAGCCUACUCGGCCACCAGCACCUUCCUCCUACAGAGACCUACUCAUCCCCUACCAUCAGCCAGCCUAUACUGUUUUGGCACCUCUGGGAAAGACCAGUUGUGGCCAAGCCACCAAAGAUGCUGGGUCCCUAACAACCCCGACAUCACCGAUAACAAGUCACUGUGGCUCUGAAGAGACUUUAUCCCACCACUCACUCCUGGGGACCAGCAGUCCCAAAGACCCUCCCUUGGGCCCACUUGGCCCCACCAGUUUCUCAGACCCUGUAAUGCUUGACAGCGAAAGCCCCAAAGGCAUCACAGUAGGAACAUUAGAAGAUUCCAGGAAAGAGGAGCUGAGGACAUCUCCUGCUCAUGCCACAGCUCCUCCCCCAGGGGGUCCCAGCUCCCCCAAAAUAACCAUCAACGAUGGCCCCCUGACCGGCAUCCCCACCAAAGAUGACCUACAUUCUGAUGAGAGACUUGAGGUGCCAGAUCCCCACUGCAAGGUAAUCCCACCCCUCAGCAGCCCAGAAAGGACAUGUUGCAAGGACCCUUCCUUAAGGCCCCAGAGCAGCACACCCUGCCCUGGCCACAGGGAAAGCCACAGCAUUAUAGCUGUGCCCACAGACUUUGCCACACUGGGGACUACAACACCAGACUCUCAGAUCUGCCGGGAUGAGGCAGCAACCAGUAUCGAGGAACAGGACAACCCAGAAACACCUGGGGCAAUACACUGUGAUGUGACAAAGGUACCCAGAGCCAAUGCUCGAGGCAUGCCCACAGGACUCGGCUUGGCUCUAACAGCCUCUCUGAGCUGCACAGAAACUGACUUCAGGUCUGAGUCCCCUCAACACCACACCAGUAUCUCUCAUCAUUCUCUCCAGAAGAACCCCUUCAGCCCCCAAGAGUCUAAACAGAGGCCCCGAGGCAUGAAAAAAAAGCCAGAGCCGACAGAGAAGAUCCCAGCAGGGCCACUCAUGACCUGUGAACUCUGCUCAGCCUCUUUCCUCUCCAGAGCAGGCCUGAGCCGGCACAAAGCCAGGAAGCACCGGCCACUAGGGAAGACUAGCUCCCAGCUGAGCCCCGUGAUCCUGCCAACUUGUCAGCCUCAAGAUUCCAUGACCCAAGUGUGCCAGACCCCUGGGAAGAAAAGCUGCAAGGUGAUUGGGAAAGGGAGACCAAGUCACUCACCCAUGGGCCCUGGCCACUUUUCUCAGCCACCUCCCCUUCAGGCCUCUAUAACACCAGAAGACAACAUGGGUCCUGAGUUGUUGAAGGUGACUAGUGGGAAAUCUGAGGGACCCAGGACACCAGACACUCCUCUCAACCAGCAACCGCACACCCCAGGCCUGAUAGAGCAGAGAAAGGGCACAAAGGUUCCAGCCUCAAAGCCAAGAAAACCACAUGGGUGGCAAGCACAUCAGCUCCACCCCAACCAGGGAGAAAUGAGAAGCCAGAGACAAGAUGGAGAGCCUGCUGAUUCCCCCAGCUCCUCAGAGAGGAAAUCAAACAGGAAAGGGGGGAAGCUGAGAGUGAGGAGGGAGAAGCAUGGUCCUGGCAACACUGCCCAUGUGACUUCAGACAGGGACCUCUCAGAUCCAUCGGCCACGUGUGACAACCAUCUCAUUCCCCUGAGCCUCUCGCCUGAGGGAGAAUGCAGGACCUCUCUCAGGCCACCAGCUCUGUCCCCCACAGUAGGGCCCAGAGCUCUGGAGGAUGCUGCAGACAUGGGCACAGGGGCUCUGUGUACAAAAGAGAUGCCAGCAGAGAAGGCCCCACAAGAGUGGCAAGUCUGCCAAGGGACAAUAGAGCGGGAACAUCCAAAGGAACAGAAGGCAGACUGGGUACAGUGGUUCUGGGGACCAGGAGAGGCCAGGGCGUUGGACAUUAGUGGAGAACCAUCACAGGCUAUUGAGAGCCAGCCUGCAGAGGACAGCAGAGGAGCCAAAGGCAGGUCAGAUGAAGGCACUGGGAAAGGGACAUCUGACUUACCCGAUAGCACACACGGUCUUGAAGUGGACAACACCAUCAACAGCUGUUCCCAGAGUCCUAUCAAUGACCCAGAAACCCUGAGUGGAAAUCUGGGGCCCAAGGGCACCACUCCUGAAGCCUCCAGCCCAGGUCCAAGGGAACCUCUAGACUUAUUCGACGAUGAGGUAUCCUUCUCUCAGCUUUUUCCCCUGGAUGGCCGCCUCACUAGGAAGAAGAACCUACGUGUCUAUGGGAAGCGCUGCAAAAAGCCAAAGUGCCCACCAAAGGAGCCCAGCUCUGAGGUGGUACACAAUGCCCCACUCUUCUCCACACGCUUGCCCACAGAUCUCAGUGACUCAGGCUCUCUGUGCCUGUCCCACGAGGAAGAGGGCCUGUGGGAUGAUGAAGCCCUGAGUUUGCCAGAGUCCCUCCUCCUAGAUAGGCUCCUGAGCAGUAAGGCACCUGGUCUUGACCCCUGGACCCCCAGCUUCAGCCUAUGGGCCCCAGACAACAGGGAGGCCAGCUAUAUGGAGGAGGGGCCCCCCUGCUUUACAGAGAACCAGGAUGAGUGGUCGGAGGCCAUCCCCCAGCUGCACAUGGUCCCAGCAGCCUGGCGAGACCUGGAACUGUGUAGCCCUGCCUGUGAAACACCCUCUUCCCUUGGAGACAUGAGCCCGGAGCCCCCUAACCUAGAAAGAGAACAUGAUGUUAGGCUUUCGGGGAAUGCCAGCCUGCCCCCACUUUACAUUAAAGACUUUGAGGUGCUCAGCACUCAGCUAGAGAUACAAGACCUGUGCUUUCUAGGGCCCUGUGAUGACCUUGCUGACCUCCCCAACCCAGGCAUCUUAGACUUCCAGGCCACAGCAAAUUCACAGGGGCCUCCAAACAAAAGAAUAGAGGAAGCUGCCAGGGCCAGAGGAACCAAAGGCAGAGACCGACCAGUAAAGGGCAGGAGGGCCUCCUACAAGUGCAGGGUGUGUUUCCAGCGCUUCCACAGCCUGGGUGAGCUGGAUCUACACAAGCUGGCACACAGCCCCUCACCACCCCCUACUUGCUACAUGUGUGUGGAGCGCAGGUUCAGCUCCCGGGAGCUUCUUCGGGAGCACCUGUGGGAGAAGCAUGUGCAGGGCAAAGCAGGACCGUGGGCCUGCGGCAUGUGCCUGAAGGAGGUGGCUGAUGUCUGGAUGUACAACCAGCACCUGCGGGAGCAUGCAGCCCGCUUUGCCAGAAAUGGACAGACACGGAGAGACCUGCCAGGGUGCUUGGAAGGGGAGAGUACUCUCACACACUUCCUGAACAGCAUUGUGGAGCAAGCAUCCAAACCCCAGAGGACUGAGCACUCAAUUGGCAAGGCCAGCAGGGAGGCAUUGGAGCAAGAAGGAGAAGCAGGGAAGAAAAUCCCAAGGAGAAGGGUAAAGCAAAAGGUGCCCACCGCAGUCACUUCCAGCCAAGAUGGUACUUUGCUAUCACUCAGUCCAUCAACGGAAGCAGGCAGCCCAUCCAUUCUGACCAGCAGCUCUGGCUCUGCCAAGACGCCCCCAACUCCAUCCCCAGACCCUUGGUUCCACAGUGAUUCCCCCCUCCAAGCGGUCCCAGUGCAUGAGGACUGCAAGGACCCCUCCCGUGACUGCCACCACUGCGGAAAGCAGUUCCCCAAGCCCUUCAAGCUGCAGCGCCACCUGGCGGUGCACAGCCCACAGCGUGUCUACCUGUGUCCCCAGUGCCCACAGAUCUACCCUGAGCACUGGGAGCUGAGGGUACACCUGAGCCUGACCCAUAGGGUGAAAGAGGAGAGGGAACUACCACACAUGCCUCUCUAUGCCUGUGAGCUCUGUGCCAAUGUCAUGCAUGUCAUCAGGAGGUCCUUUGUCUGCAGCUCCUGCAACUACACCUUUGCCAAGAAGGAACAGUUUGACAGACACAUGGACAAGCACCUGAGGAGCGGCCAACAGCCAUUCACGCUCCGAAGUGUUAGGCGGCCAGGGGUUCCUGGGAAGAAGACCCAGGUCCCCCAGGACAUGCUACCCAGCAAGCGGCAUGGGGUGGUAGUGCCCUCCAGCACUGACAGAGUCCCAUCCACAAGCAGCCCUACUCCAAGUGAGGGCUGCCUCCCUGCACUACCCCUGAUCUGUUCAGAGACAGCUCCUAGCCCCAUCCUGGACCAGCCCAGUUCUCAAGAGAGGCCUGUGGACCAAACAAACCACUCACUCAAGGGGAACAACCCACCAUUGACUGACCAGGACCUUCCACCUCCGUCUCUAUCUCCUUUUCCAGCUGCCUCAGCUGAAGGUACAGGUGUCUGCAAGCCAGACAGAGCCUUGGAGAAACCAGAAAAUCAGGCUUCCUUAGGCAGCCUUGAGCCAUGUAAGUGGCAAACUCCCCCAGGAGAAAAGAGGUCCCUUCACCUGUUCUCAGGAAAGCAUAGGAGCCUAGGCACCGGAGGCAAGUGUGCCCCUGGCUGUUCCCCAGGAGACCCCUCCCAGCUCCAGAAGGAGAGGCUAGUGACCACUCACCACAUGGUGCCUGAGGGGAAAAUAGAGGUUUCCUCCCAGAAAGGAAGUGCCACCAAACAAGGGGCCUGCUUGAGUUCUUCCAAGCAUGGAUCAGCAGUGCCCCCCAGCAAAGUGCUGAAGCUACCAGCACCAUCUAGAAAACCUAUAGGAAUGGGGACCCCAGCAUCUGGAGAGCUGGGCCAGAGUCCUGAGGACAGGGUAAAACCCAGCACUUCUAAAGCUAAACUGAGACCCAGUUCUCAGGGCAGUGGAGGUCUACAGCCUGGUACUCAGACAGGGGGUGGCAGCCAGCCCCAGCCAACCAGUGGACAGCUCCAAAGUGAGAUGGCCUCCACCCCCACUGAGCCCAGUUGUCUGAGCUGGGAGAGCUCCACCCCUGACCAGCCCCCACCACAAGUCCACACCAAGGGCAGUGCCAGAGGGAGCAGAGAAACUGAACAUCAGGGGGUCCAAGUGCAUUCAAGUCCCAGGGAGAAAAGAGAAAACAGUGAAAAAAAGAGGAAGGGUCAGGCCCUGGGACUGGCCAGGCAAGGAAGCAUGGGGAACAUGGGGAGAGUCCCCUCUGCCCCUGACAAGUCAUCCAGGGCCCCUCGAAAGCAAGCAACUCCCAGCCGAGUUCCCCCUGUCAAGUCCAGACCCAGCAGCCAGAGCGGCAGGACAAGGCCACAGCCAUCAGCACAGAAGAAAGGGGACCUGGGCCACACUUCUGAAAAGGGCUCCUUCCCCCAGGCAAGACUCCUGUCCAGGCCAUAUAAAAGGGUCAGAGCUGUCUAUGGUGUUGAACACAUGGAGCCCCGAGACCACCGGACUGCAGAGGCCCAGAGCGAUCUCCUCAGCCAGCUGUUUGGACAGAAACUGACCAGCUUCAAAAUCCCUCUAAAGAAAGACAAUUCCCAGUAACCCACAAGAGAGGGUACCUGAAGGCCAGCUGAUGGGCUCCUGUCUGGCCUUCAGAGUUCCAGGCAGCUUGGUUUGAGACCACUCUUCUGUUCCUCUGCACCUGGCUUCCCAGAUUCUCCAACAGAUUAGAGGACCGAGUGUGCUCCUGGAAGCAGGGCUUUGUGCUGGAAGGCUGGGAUAGAGGGAAGGACCAGCCUCAACCCCCCUGAGAUCAUGCACCUAUCUUCUUGGUACCAGGUGCUUAAAGAAAGCAGCUCACAUCUCAUCACUGCCACCGUGCCUUGUUGGCCAGGUGCCUUGUGCUAUAAAACUCGUGUUUAAAGGUUUGCCCAGGGUCCCCCAUCUCCUAGCAGGCCAGCACAUUAAGGCAGUCAGCCAGACAGUGUUAGCUGCCUUGUCUUCUGCUGUUGCCAAGAUUCCAAAAUGACCUUAGAAGUCACAUGAGAGAGGACCAUGCUCUCUACUUGGGCCAUUUCUGAGCCACCUGGUCCUUGAGAGUAUGACAGGGCCAUCCCCCUGACCACAAAGUCAUGCUGGCCUCUAACUGCAAUGCUGAUCUUCCAGCACCUUGCCCCCAGGGACUGGGUUCCUAUAGGGAAUGCAGAGAAAAAGCUGCACUUUGGCCAGUGCCCAAUGGAUCCCUCAGCCCUAUAGCCCCUUCCUAGUGCCUUCCUCCCCUGUGGGGCUUUGUCUCUAGGUCCCAGAAAGCCUGAUCCAAAGGUUCUGGUGCUAUUCCCAUGCUGUAAUGUGAAUACAGGCUCCCUGGUCUUAUUUGAACCACAGGAUAAUUAGGGUGGGGAGACCUAGCCAGGGAGGCUACAGCCCAGGCCUUGAACCUCACAGGUCUCCCCAGUUGAGUUCCAGUCCCAGGGUUCCAGCAGUAAGGGACCCUCAAGGCUGGGCUAUGGGUGUGGUUUGUGCACUGGCAUGAACCUGCCAUCUACACACCUGCCGAUAUAGUGUUGGUGUAUCAAAUUGGGCAGGAGGAGAUGCUUCCCAUUUCUCCUAGGGAGUCUUAGAGAUUCCUGGCUUAUUUUGUUGUGUAGUUUUUAGCUUGGGUGCAAUGUGAGUGUCAAAAGGUUUUAUUUUGACAUUUUAAACAAGACCAAAUCAGGCCCAAAUUGCCUCCAUAGAAGGUGUUGGGGUCUUUCAGAAUGCCUCUUUCAAAUGGAUAAAGACGUGGGCAGGGGCCCCCUGAGGUCAUACUGUAAAAGUCACAGCUAACUCGUCUUUUCAAAUAUAUUCCACUAUUUUCGCAGAAAUCUC